AUGUUGUUGGGUCUAGUGCUCUUCCAGGUCCUAACACUAAAUGUGCUAGCUGCUAAGAGACCGACGUCAAGUAAUCGGAGGCUCAGACCGAGGCCAAAAACGACGACCACCACGACUACCACGACCACUCCGGCCCCUACAACGACCGUGCCAUAUUGCAAACCGGAAAAGAAGCGACUCUGCGCUAAAGGCGAAGGUUUCAUGAGCAAAGGUUUCAGACAAGUAGCCCUCUUUCUUCACAGAGAGCUCAGAAGUGACCUCGGCAUUAACGACAAAAUUUUUCCUGAAGAAACUCUUGAGAGUUUGCGUGUGAAUUACGACUGCGAUUUGGAACGGAAAGCCUAUACGAGGGUGAAAAAAUGUAGCAGAUCCCUGUACAGCACCAAGGCACAUAACUAUGCUGUUAUUAGAAAUCAUCUGGGUCAAGAGAAAAUUACUGCAUUUUUGACGGCUUUCUCGUGGUGGCGAAAUGGCAAACAAAAGAUGGAUGACUCUAAAAACAUCUGGGAGCCGCAUAGUGAAUACGAUAAGUUGUUAUGGCAAGGCAAGGUUGAAGUUGGAUGUGCAGCGAUGCUAUGUGGUAAGAAAGGACCGAAAUUCAUUGUUGUGAACUGUGAAUACGACCUAGAGGACACGAGGGAUUUGAUUGGAUUUGGCUAACUUUUCUUGAGGUUAAGGAAAGAGAAAUACCUAUUCAGGAUGCCAAUUUCUUUACAUCGGACUCUUCCCAUAAAUUGUUUUCCUGAUUCUUUAGGUUUAGAUAGUGAUACAUGAUUACUUUGUAGUAGAGCUGUUUUUCUUUUCGUUUUUAAUGCGAC